AUGGACCCGGCGCCAGAGAUGAAGAGGAAUAGGUUCCCCAGCAUGAACUUUGAAGCAGAGAUUCUGACAGCUCCACACGAUAACUCAGAGGUGUAUGUGAUCCCCUCCAUGAGAAGUCUCACGGCUGAGGAGUACGUAGAGGCCUUUAAGUCAUUUUUGGAUCAUUCAACAGAGCACCAGUGCAUGGAUGAGUUCAACAAAGAAAAAAUGCCCAACAUCAUGGCUGGUCUUGGCAAUGGAAAAUCAACUAUCAACGUCCUGGGAGUUGGAAGUGGCACAGGUGAGCAGGAUCUGAAAAUGAUCAGGAUACUGCAAGCUGCACAUCCAGGGGUCUUUAUCGACAAUGAAAUCGUAGAGCCCAACCCACAGCAUGUGGCAGCUUACAAAGAGUUGGUGAAUCAAGCUUCAGAUCUGCAGAAUGUUUCUUUUAUUUGGCACCAGCUCACUUCUUCGGAGUAUGAACAACAGAUGAAAGAGAAAGGCACAUAUAAGAAAUUUGACUUCAUCCAUAUGAUCCAGAUGCUGUACCGUGUGGAGGAUAUUCCCAAUACUAUCAAGUUUUUCCAUAGCUGCCUUGACCAUCAUGGUAAACUCCUGAUUAUAAUUCUAUCGGACAGUAGUGGAUGGGCCAGCUUAUGGAAGAAGUAUGGGGACUGCUUGCCUUCCCCCGACAGCGGCCACUACAUCACCUCCAACGGCAUCACAGAUGUUUUGAAGAGACUGGGUGUUGAGUACCAAGUUUAUGAGUUCCCGUCAGGCUGGGAUAUCACUGAGUGCUUUAUCGAGGGGGACCCAGUUGGAGGUCUCAUGAUGGAUUUCCUGACGGGGACAAAAAACUUCCUGGGCACGGCUCCCCCAGGGCUGCGGCAGCGGCUGCAGGAGGCUCUCUGCCAGCCCGAGUGCAGCAGCAAAAAGGACGGGAGGAUCAUCUUCAGCAACAACCUGAGUAUGAUUGUGGUUGAAUCCUAG